AUGGUGGCCACGGUGAUGGGGGUCGCUGGACAUCCCGGACCUGUUCCGCGCCGGCUGCGUCUGCUCCUCCUGGUACGCCGCCUACUCCGACGUCCGCCGCGUUCCGCAUCCCCAUCACCGACACGGCCCCGUGCCUGCUCUACUCGGCCCGCGGCGACGACGACGCCAGCGCCGCCACGCUCUACAGCGCCACGAGCGGCGCGACGUUCAGGGUCCGCCUGCCGGACCCACCGCUGCGUCUGGCUCGCCACGGCCGACGAGGCGUCCAACCUGCACCUCGUGAACCCGCUCUCAGGCGCGCAGGUGGCGCUGCCGCCCGUCACGACGCUCUACCAUGUGGAGAGCUUCCUGGACGGCGGGGGCAGCCUCGUGUACUCCGUCCAGGAGAGCGAGGACCGGGACAACCCCGAAGAGCCGCCGGUGCAGUACCCGGCGCAGAAGCUGCGCCUGUUUCUGUACUACAAGGUGGUCAUGUCCUGCAGCCCUUCCAAGGGGAGAGACUGCGUCGUCCUCCUCCUGCACCGGCCGGGAUACGGUGGGAUGAUCCAAUCAAAGAUCUUAUGUUCACACCGUCGGGUGAUGUCUUGCAAGUGUGGAGGUUGA